AGUCACGUGCCUAUCGGCCGCACACUUCUGGGCGUGCCGCCGAGUGGUUUGAAGUAUCUGCGCGCGCCCCACAGCCGCGCUUCUUCCCGGGCCUGGGAUGUCGGUGUUGCGGCCGCUGGACAAGCAGCCUGGCCUGAACACGGCCACCAUCCUGCUGGUGGGCACGGAAGAUGCACUUCUGCAGCAGCUGGCCGACGCGAUGCUCAAGGAGGACUGCGCCUCGGAGCUGAAGAUCCACCUGGCCAGAUCCCUCCCUCUGCCCUCCGAUGUGAAUCGGCCUCGAAUUGACCUGAUCAUGUUUGUGGUCAACCUUCACAGCAAAUACAGCCUCCAGAACGUGGAGGAGUCCCUGCGCCAUGUGGACGCCACCUUCUUCCUGGGGAAGGUGGGCUUCCUCGCCAUGGGUGCUGGGCAGGAGAGCCACUGUAGCAUCCAUCGGAACACUGUCACGAAGCUGGCCAACACCUACAGAAGCCCUCUGUUCUUCUGUGACCUGGAGAGGGAAGGCUUUCGAGCCACCGUGGCGCAGCGCCUGGUACGCAUGCUGCAGAUCUGCGCUGGCCACGUGCCCGGCGUCUCAGCCCUGAACCUGCUGUCCCUGUUGAGGAGCUCUGAGAACCCCGCCCCGGAGGACCUGUGAGAGCCGCUGGCCCCCAAGCUGGCCCUCCCUGCGGCCUGGUGCCCUGUGCAGUCAACUUCCACUGUUGUCAAAGACCGGGUCAGGGCCUGACAGGCUCAGGGUCAGCAGUCGUUCUUGCACGGCCCGUUCCCUGCACGGCCCAUUCCCUGCACGGCCCAGACUCCUCUGCGCUGCAGCAGGGAGCCCAGCGGGUGGGCUGCAGCCCCCCCACCCCCCCAUGCUCACCGCAGCAGAGCCCCGUGUCUUCAUCCAUCUGCCGGGCUGCAUCUCCACUUCAGGCUUCAUUUGAACAAAGUGUCCAUGGCUCAAAAAAAGUUUGAAAACCCCUGGUCUCCACCACCUUGAUUUUGCAGAUGAGGACACCGACUCUGGACAGUUAGGAGGGUCGGGCAGCGGGAGCUUGGACUCUGUGACCCAAUCUGACCCCACAUCCUAGCCUUGCCAUUCCUACAGAGCCUGCUGUGGCCUCAUAGAGCCUCGGUUUCCCCAGGCGUGUAAUGGAGAUCGUUCUGUUGACCUUGUUGCGGUGUGAGACCUGAAUGAAAUGACAGGUGACAAGC